ACCUGAUGCAAAUCUGAUCAAAUAUCAAGAAAACAAUUAAAUUAUGCAAUAAAUCAACUAUUAUUCGGUGUCUUAUUUCGCAUUGUUGGGUUGAUGACCUUACAUAUAAAAUGAUAGUUUGGAUUGCAAUUUUCUUGCUGCAGCCAUCACCUUCAGUUCAACGGGGAACUUGGAAUGCAAGCGGAAGCUAUGAAUACUAUGUUUCAGCGACUGGCGUAUGGAAAACAUACAGUGAAUCCUUGAAAUAUUGCAAUGAACAAGGUGGACGACUAGCUCUAGUAAAAUCAGGAAAUAUUCAAGAAUUUAUACAGACAUUGGUCACGGAUGGUUCAGGAUACCCUUAUGGGUUUUCAAUGGGUUUGCGUGAUAUGUUUGGGAACAAUACUUUCACUUGGGAUGAUGGAUCAGCAUUAACAUACAGCAAUUGGAUUAUUAAUGAGCCAAAUAACGUCAAUGAGACAUGUGCCAUGAUGGGAUGGAUAUAUGCUUUUUAUGCCACUUUACCGUGGUACGAUAUGUAUUGCCAAUCAAGAAAAGGAUUUGUAUGCCAAAGAAUUAUAGGUCUAUAUUGGAGUGAUUGGAGUAGCUUUUCAUCUUGCAACUGCAGCGGUCUUCAGCAACGUACACGGACAUGCACAGACUCUCGGCGAGAAGGACCAAACAACUGCUCCACUGCGGAUAUAGUGGAUAUAAAUAGCCAGAGUUGUUCAAUACCAACGGAAUGCCCGACGACGUCGAGUCCUGCAACUACAACAAAACUUAGAACGAACCUUAUAACAACAGCUCUCUCCACAAUUACAACUUUUACGACACAAGCGUACAUGUCCAAAUCCACAACCUCUGCAUCCGAAACAAUACCACUUGUUUAUAUUGCAAUAGGAGGUGUGGGUGGAGCAGUAAUUUCACUUAUUGUUGUUAGCCUGGUUGUUUGUUGUGUCCGUAAAAAACGAGCCUCUAAAAACAAAAAUUCCAAUGAAAUAACUCAAAAUGUCGGACCGCCUUUGGGAGACCCAGAAUACGCAACCAUAGCUGGCACUAAUGUUGAAGCUUAUCCCGAAGGAGAUUAUACACGCAUGGAAUCAACAAAUCCCCCUCAUAGUGAACAGGACCUCCCGGAAAGAACUCAAAAUCAGGGUAAACUCAGCGUGAAAACUACUAACAAAGCGAACGUUGAAGCAGGACGAAAUGUUGAGUAUGUCAAUAUACUGAACAUUACCAAAAAGACGGCAAAAGUGUCCAAUAGCAAAUAUGUUGUUGAUCAAGGUACUUCAAAAGAAAAUCAAGUGAUUAUAAAUCGAAAUGAACAACUCCAAACCCUAGAUAAUACAAAGGAAUCUGAAAUCAUUUACAUGAACACAAAGAAUAUCUCACCUGAAACUGCUUAGAUUUAAAACAAGCUAACCGAACUUUUUUUAAGAAGAGAAAGAGUAUCGCGCAGACAUCCAGAAGUCGAUGAUAACCAAAUUCAACCCAGUAAUUAAAGGAAUAAAAAAAUUUCUCGUCAAUGAUUUGUGUUAGUAAUGAUCGACCCAACACCAGCUGGCGACCUAAGCCUUCAGAACGAUUGUAUGAACAUUUGAAUUUUUAACUUGGUUUAUCAAUUAAAGUUUCUUCAAAAUUAUUCAAUGUCCUCCGUUCAUAACCAACACAAUACAAACAACGAGGAAACAAUUUUGAAUUUAGGAAACUGAUCCAAAAUGAAAGCAAGUGAUCAACCAAAAAAAACGCCGACGUUCAAGACGCCGUGUAUUUUCAUCAUUGACUGACACUACAGCAUUGAGUGCAACUGCGACUUCACCCAAAUCCAAAAAAACUCUGACAAGAAAAAUGAACAUGGAAUGUUACGCAUCAGCAUAAAAACCGAUGCUGAUGCUAACAACACAAACGAAAAAAUUUGUGAUUCACAUAAAUUAUGAUAAAAAGUUUGGCAAGAGGGGGAAUGUAAAUAUAACUUGAUUGAUUUCGUUCAUCUUUUUAUUGUAUAAUUUAAUAUAUAUGUUCACUUAUAUUAUAACUUUCAAAUACAGUAUACAGUUAUUGAAAGUAGGGUUUAGGUCCAAAAGUAGGUUUGUAGUUCUCAUCGUGGUCGGUAGGGUUUUCAAUUUCAAGUUAUGCAAUAAGCGUUGCAAUGAUGUUCUUGGUAAGGAUAGCUCAGCGGAAGCACGUCGUGUAGAUUUUUUUUUGGACUAUUAAUAAAUGUCACAGCUACUAACUUAUUUUCUUCAGUCGUAGAAGUUGUAGGACGUCCAGAUUUUGGUGCAUUACUCACCGAAUCUGUUUUAUCAAUUUUUUUCCUUAAGCGAUAAAUUAUCAGACGUGAAGGCGGAGGAGUGUGAAAGCAUUCUUGCCAUGCCCUACGUACAGUCUCAGAAUUUUCAUACUUCCAAUAUUCCUUUAAUAUCCAUUUUCUUUGCUCUUCAUUUAAAUAAUUCGCCUUUAACCCUCAAAUAAAAUAAAGAUUUACAAAAUGUAUUACCUUCCAAGCAGCUAGAAAACCAAUGUAAAAUUCACACUAGAUUUAUUAUCUUAAAACCUUAUUACCUUAUUUUUGUGGUACUCAACAAGUAACAUGGAGUGAACUGCAAGUAGCUUCAAAGCAUAUAAAAUAGUUUAAUAACUGUAUACCUACUUUUGGGCCACCCUUACAGUAUAUAUAUAAAAAGUGAAAUUAGCUUCUACCUCACAAUGUUUGAUGGGAUUGGCGGAUUUAUUAUGAACUUAACUGUGAGUUUACAAGUACUUUCACAAGUACACAGACGAUCUUGAACUUUUAUUAUUUUAGAGAUUUUCUGCAAGCAUACUAAAUCCGACGGAUUGUAAUAUUUUAUGUAGUAUUCUAUGUAGUAUUAGUCGGGAAUUCGCUUAUCUAUUUUUAAAACGUACGUUUUACUAUGUUUUUUUUGUGUAUAGUUUUAUACCGUUUUGCAUCAAUAGCUCAAAACGUUUGAUUAAUUUGUUAGAAAGACACUAUUACCGAGAAUCUUCACCUUGCACCAUUAUUGCACUUUUAACUUCCUGUUAUUGUAAUGCGUUUCGGAGUUUUGAUUUGAUGAUGAUAGGAAACAGGCAAAACAUUCGGUACCGAAUACAAGGUGGUGGUAAAAUGAAGACACCUUUUCUUUUUUAAUUGUCAUUUUUUGGUCACUGCACUUUUAUAUGAAGGGGAUAAAAUGUUAACUGUGCUAUAUAAUAUAAUAAUAUGUUGAAUAUUGAUGAAUCAUUUUCUGGCACGAUGAAAUAAGGAGUAGGUGCACCAGUGGAUGUGUUAUUCAU